AUCACUGUGAAAUUCAGAUAUCCCCUUCCUCUCGUCCCAGCGGCCCUGGAACAUCUCUGUGGUGCCACUGUGUUUACGAAGUUGGACCUCCGCAGCGCGUAUAACCUCAUCUGGAUACGUGAGGGGGACGAGUGGAAGACCGCCUUCAUUACUCCUACUGGCCACUAUGAAUACCUGGUGAUGCCGUAUGGCCUGGUCAACGCCCCCUCCGUAUUCCAGGACUUCAUUCAUGAGGUGCUCCGGGAGUUUCUCCAUCGCUUCGUCCUAGUUUACAUCGACGACAUACUCAUCUACUCCCGGAGCCAGGCCGAACAUCGCCGACACGUUGCGGAGGUCCUCACACACCUUCGUCAGUUCCAUCUAUUCCUCAAAGCGGAAAAGUGUCAUUCCUGGGAUACAUCAUCGACCACAGUGGCAUCCGGAUGGACGAGAGGAAGGUGGAAUCCAUCACCAACUGGCCAGAACCCACAACCAUCAAAGAGUUACAACGCUUCCUUGGAUUCGCAAACUUCUAUCGCCAGUUUAUCAAAGAUUACAGCUCCAUCACCCAUCAACUCACCAGUCUCCUCAGAAAUAAGCCCAAGUCUCUGUCCUGGAGUCCAGCAGCCACCAACGCCUUCAAUCGCCUCAAGGAAGCCUUCACCACCGCUCCCUUACUCGUCCACCCCGAUCCAGAGCUGCCCUUCAUCGUAGAGGUGGACACCUCUACCACCGGAGUGGGAGCGGUGUUGUCACAGCAGCAGGGGACGCCAAGUAGACUCCACCCAUGCGCCUUCUUCUCCCGCAAGCUCAGCCCGGUGGAAGUCAACUACACCAUCGGUGACAGGGAACUCCUUGCUGUGAAGCUUGCUCUGGAAGAGUGGAGGCAUUGGUUGGAGGGAGCCAAAUAUGCGUUCCUGGUUCUGACAGAUCACAAAAACCUAGAGUAUCUCUGUUCUGCCAAAAGGUUAAAUCCAAGACAAGCUUGUUGGGCCAUGUUCUUCUCCCAGUUUAACUACACCAUCUCCUACCGACCUGGCUCAAAGAAUACAAAAGCGGACGCUCUCUCCCGUCUCUAUGCUCCUGAAGAGAAAACAGAAGAACCUGAGCCAAUCAUCCCGAGCUCACUCAUAGUAAGCCCCAUCACUUGGUCAGAGGAGACCAUUCCCUCCUCCAAUGCCUCCACGAACCUUCCACCAGGCUGUCCACCUGGCUUGCUCUACAUCACCCGGACACAACGCAUUCCAACCAUCCAUUCAGCUCACACGUCACUAGGCACUGGACCUGGCGUGACUCCCGCCGAACCCCCCCUUCCACUCAUCCUGGAAGACGGAGCAGCAUACAAGGUCCAUGAGAUCUUGGACUCCCGGCGUCGUAGUGGUCAGCUGGAAUUCACCACACCUCUCAUCCUCAAACCCACUGAUCUGAAGGAAGUGAUGGAGGAAACAACAGUCCAUCUGAGCUGCUCUGCUGAAGCCCCCUGCCCCAAACAACCUCCUACAAUAUCCUGGUCUUACAUCCCUGAAUCUGCCCACAUUACAACACAGUUACAGGAGAAGCCUGAUAAAACCCAGUCAGUGUUUUCACACAUGACCUUCAAAGCUUCAUACAUGGAUCACAGAAGAAACAUCUCCUGCACUGCUAAAUAUCCAAGAAAUACAUCUAAUGACUCAACUGUGGAGACCACCGUGAUGCUACGAGUCCUGUAUAAGAGAUUUGGAGUAGUUUUGCUCUUUUAUGUUCAAAUGUUUCCUCCAAAAGAAACUCACAUCACCAUCGAUCCAUUUGCUUCAGUCUCUUUUGGCACUAAUGUGACUUUGACCUGCAAAAGCAAAGCCAGUCCAUCAAAUAACAUGGUCUUCUUCUGGCACAAAUGUGGAAAUGAGAAUCAGCUGGUUUCAGGAGAACAACUGACCUUUACUGUAAAUAGCAGUGGAGGCCAGUACUUUUGCAUAGCAAAGAAUGAACAUGGUAUUCAGAUGUCAGAAGAGAUCCAGCUGACUGUGGCAGAGGGUGCAAAAGGCAAAAGCAUCCAGUGA